AAUUGGGCUUUCUAGUAAUUUCUAGCCCAAUACUCAUCAUGCGAAAACUGUGAAAUGUGAAUACUCUUUCUCUCUCUAUCCAUAAACCCUUUCCCCAACCCACCACUCUCACCCCCAAUCACCGUACACACACACAGUCAUGGCGGCGACCACCGCACUCUUCCGAUCACUCCGGUCAUCAUCUCCACACCUAACACGUUUCUUCUCUUCAUCCUCAAUAUGCAGAGCUCCACCUCUUCCCGGAUUCACCCGACCCGCCCGUGCCACAAUCUCUCUCUCACACUCUCUCCGCGUGUUUGCACCUGCCGCCGUUCGCCUCAACCUCAUCCGGUGCCGCGUCAACCGCUCCGGAGGCGCGUACUCACCGCUCAACUCCGGUUCCAACGUCAGCGACCGGCCGCCCACGGAAAUGGCGCCGUUGUUUCCAGGUUGUGAUUAUGAGCAUUGGUUGAUUGUGAUGGAUAAGCCUGGUGGUGAAGGUGCUAGUAAACAGCAGAUGAUUGAUUGUUAUGUUGAAACCCUAGCUAAAGUUUUAGGAAGUGAGGAAGAAGCAAAGAAGAAGAUUUACAAUGUUUCUUGUGAGAGGUACUUUGGAUUUGGCUGUGAAAUUGAUGAAGAGACAUCUAAUAAGCUUGAAGGGUUGCCCGGUGUGCUGUUUGUUCUACCAGAUUCGUAUGUGGAUGCUGAAAACAAAGAUUAUGGAGCUGAGCUGUAUGUGAACGGAGAGAUAGUUCAAAGGUCGCCCGAAAGGCAGAGGAGGGUGGAGCCAGUGCCAUCGAGAGUGCAAGACAGACCCAGAUACAAUGAUCGGACCCGAUAUGUCAGGCGUCGUGAAAAUAGCCGCUAAUUGCGAUAUCCACUAAUCCUAAGUAUGUAACAGAUUGCUCGAGUCUGAUACAACAAAUCCUAAAUAUGUAACAGACUGCUUGUGUCUGGACAUUUGAAAUAUCACUAGUGGACUGGUUAUUGUUAAUGUAGUAAUGAUGGUAUGUCGGGUAAAGUAUUUUUGCAGAUAUGAUUUGGUCUACAAUCAUGUCUCGUUUAUUGAAUGUUUAUUUUCGGUAUCAA